CCCUCAUCCUAACUACCUCUUUCUUUGCUGGCUUCAUUGUUGCUGUAUUUUUUGCUAUUCACCACUUGAGAGCUAUUUCAUUUGCUGCCAUUCAUUUGGGUCCUGACACCAUCCUGUUUAUUAACAUUCAGAAGUGUGCAGUGAAAAGCAAAAUUAGGAGGCACCCAUGAUGUCUUUACCUUUCUACCAAAGACACCAUGAGCACUAUGACCGUGCGUACCGCCAUAAAGCACUGACAUCCACUGUAAGCCAGUACCAAAAGGAAACAAAGAGUAAAGCUGCUGUCUAUGCUCAAGGAUCCACAGCUUAUGCCAGGGGCUCUUCAGCCUAUCGCCAUGCCUCUGCAGCAGGCUUCAGCCUCGACUCCUCAGCAGCAUACAGUCAUGGCUCCUCAGCCUACGACCUGGAGUCAGCAGCCUACAGCUACGGAUCCACAGCCUAUGAUCACUCUGCUGCACAAAGCAAAAGAUCUGCUGCCUACAGUCUCGACUCUGAAUCCCUCAGCAGGAGCUCAGCUGCCUACAGCCAUGCAUCUGAAUCCAUCAACAAGCUGGCUGCAGCCUACAGACUGGGAUCUGAAGCCUACAGUUUAGGACUGAAAAACUCCAAUUUGAUGAUUGAAGAUCAAUCCUAUAAGAUGAGUCCCAAAGCAAAGAGAGCAAAACAGAAUUUGAUAUCUGAGGACAAAGAGAACGAAGCCAUGGACUACUCAGUGCCCAUAUUCACAGGACGAGAAGUGAAUAUCAGUGGUGUCACAGACACCGAAGAAGAGAGAAUUAAAGAAAGUGCUGCAUAUGUUGCCAAGAGGAACCUUUUUGCCACAGGUGAAGGAGUUAGUGUCAGCAAGGUGGCCAAGUCAACUUCUGAAGAGGAGCAUCAUGAAAAAAAAUCAAGGAAAGUAGCGAUCCGGGAGUCUGCUGAACGUGUGGCCAUGAAAAAAACGCUAGAAGAGACUCAGGCAUUCCAUAAAAAGUUGAAUCAAGAUAAACUCUUACAUGCUCCCGAGUUUAUCAUUGAGCCUCGUUCCCACACUAUCUGGGAAAAGGAAAAUGUUGUAUUUCGUUGUUCUGUGGCUGGCUGGCCGGCACCUCGUGUUACAUGGUACAAAAACAACGUGCCCAUUGAUGUACAGGCUCACCCUGGCAAGUAUAUCAUUGAAAGCCGAUAUGGACUGCACUCACUGGAGAUUACCACAUGUGAAUUUGACGACACUGCCCAGUAUAGGGCCUCUGCUAUGAAUGUUAAAGGAGAAGUUUCAGUUUAUGCUUCCCUCGUGGUAAAGAGGUACAAAGGAGAAAUUGAUGCAAGUCUUUUGCAUGCUGGAAAUCUUUCCAUGUCUCCAUUUGCCAUUACCCCUUAUGGCUAUGCUUCUAGGUUUGAAAUCAGCUUUGUCGACAAGUUUGAUGUAGCCUUUGGGAGAGAAGGAGAGACAAUGAGUCUGGGCUGCACAGUUGUCAUCAAUCCUGAUAUCAAGCGCUUCAAACCAGACAUUGAAUGGUACAGAAAUGGUGUUCUUAUUACACCAUCCAAAUGGGUCCAGAUGCAGUGGAGCGGGGAGCGAGCUUCAUUAACACUGACUCACGCAAACAAGGAAGAUGAAGGUCUUUAUACUCUACGAGUGGCAAUGGGAGAGUACUAUGAAGAGUACAGUGGUUAUGUCUUUGUUCGAGAUGCUGAUGCUGAAAUCCCUGGAGCCCCUGGUGCACCACUGGAUGUGCAGUGCUUAGAUGCCAACAAAGAUUAUGUCAUUGUCUCCUGGAAGCAACCCGCUGUCGAUGGAGGAAACCCCAUCCUUGGAUAUUUCAUUGACAGGUGCGAGGUCGGCACUGCCCACUGGACCCAGUGCAAUGAGAAUCCUGUGAAGUUUGCUCGUUUUCCUGUUACUGGUCUGAUUGAAGGCCGUUCCUACAUUUUCCGAGUCCGAGCAGUGAACAAAGCUGGCGUCAGCCUACCGUCCCGGGUGUCAGAGCCCGUGGCUGCUCUGGAUCCUGCAGACAGAGCCAGGCUUAGAAGUCACCCUUCUGCUCCUUGGACUGGACAGAUUAUUGUGACUGAGGAAGAACCUGCAGAGGGUGUUGUUCCAGGUCCCCCUACGGACCUCCAAGUUAUUGAAGCCACCAAGAACUAUGUUGUGCUUAGCUGGAAACCUCCUGGACAGAGGGGCCAUGAGGGUAUAAUGUACUUUGUGGAAAAGUGUGUUGCCGGCACAGAGGACUGGCAAAGGGUGAACACUGAGAUCCCUGUGAAGUCUCCUCGCUUUGCAGUUUUUGAUUUGUCUGAAGGCAAAUCCUACUGCUUCCGAGUUCGCUGUUGCAAUUCAGCUGGAAUUGGUGAACCCUCAGAAGCAACUGAAGCCACUGUAGUGGAUGACAAACUCGAUAUUCCCAAAGCUCCUGGCCGUAUUAUGCCAACUAGGAAUACAGACACCUCAGUUGUUGUCACCUGGACAGAGCCCCCAGAUGCCAAGGAGCUAGUUGGGUACUACAUUGAGUCAAGUGUAGAGGGAUCUGGUCGUUGGGAACCAUGUAACAACAAUCCAGUGAAAGGCACAAGAUUCAUUUGCCAUGGGCUCAGCAAUGGCGAGAAGUACAUUUUCAGAGUCAGAGCUGUUAAUGCAGCAGGGCUCAGUGUAUUUUCACAGGAUUCAGAGCCUAUAGAGGUGAAAGCAGCCAUUGGGGGAGGAUUGCUUCAUGGUGUGUGUCCUGAACAGAGUGGUAAAGCUGGUGGACUAACAGACCACAGUACCAGCUGGGAAGGCAUGCAUGAGACCUCCCAGCCUAUCUUUGACACAGAUGCUUUGCUAAAAUGCAAUGCUAAAUUUAAUAGAGACACACUACCCAGUAGCUGUGACAAACUGGGGAGUACAGGAGACUGUAACAUGAGAGAAAUGGUUAAGGAUGCACCUGCACCACAAAAAGUUGCUGCUAAGCAGGCAAGUAAGUCUCGACCCGGGGAUCUUUUGACAGUGGAAAAAGUCAGAAAGAAGAAAGAUACAGCUGCUCCAUCUCAGCCUUAUGACAUCAUGGUACUUGAGAGUGUUCGUGACUCAAUGGUAUUGGGAUGGAAACAACCUAAAGUCACUGGUGGAACUGAAAUUACUGGCUACUAUGUGAACUAUCGUGAAGUGGUUGAUGGAGUUCCUGGGAAGUGGAAGGAGGCAAACAUUAAGGCUGUUACUGAGAGAGCAUACAGGAUAGAAAACCUGAAGGAAAACAUGGUGUACCAGUUCCAGGUGGCUGCUUCUAACCUGGCUGGGGUUGGAACACCCUCCCAACCCAGCAAGCCCUUCAAAUGUGAAGAGUGGACCAUUGCUGUACCCGGGCCACCCCAUGAUGUCAAAUGCACAGAAGUUAGGAAGGACUCUCUGGUUUUACUGUGGAAGGAACCGGUUUAUACUGGCCGUAGUCCCAUAGUUGGUUAUUAUGUUGAUAUGAAGGAAACUGAAGCAAAGGAGGAAUGCUGGAGAAGUGUCAAUAAGAAGCCACUUCAAAAGAAAUACUUGAAGAUUGAUGGCCUAACACAAGGUGCGAGUUACGUGUUUCGUGUGCGGGCAACAAACCAGGCUGGUGUUGGGAAACCAUCAGAUGUCACGGAUGCUGUUUUAGCUGAAACACGACCAGGAACCAAGGAAAUUGUGGUUGAUGUAGAUGACAAUGGAGUCAUUUCCUUGAACUUCGAAUGUGAUCAGAUGUCUCCAGACUCUAAGUUUGUUUGGUCCAAGAAUUACGAACCAAUUGAGGAUGACUCUCGACUGAACAUCGAUACCAAAGGCGGAAAGUCAAAAGCUUCCUUUAAGGAUCUUGGAGAAGAUGAUUUGGGAAUUUACUCUUGUAUUGUUACAGACACUGAUGGAGUUUCAUCAAGUUACACAAUUGAUGAGGAAGAAAUGAAACGCCUGCUUGCUCUGAGCCACGAACGCCAAUUCCCAACUGUCCCACUUACCUCUGAGUUGGCAGUGGAAAUUUUGGAAAAAGGAGAAGUGAGAUUCUGGUUGCAAGCUGAAAAACUGUCUGGCAAUGCAAAGGCCAACUUUGUGUUUAAUGAUAAGGAGAUUUUCAAUGGAGAGAAAUACAAAAUGAAGGUGGACCAGAAGACUGGCCUUAUUGAAAUGAUUAUGGAUAAACUUGAGGACAAGGAUGAAGGCACCUACACUUUCCAACUGCAGGAUGGAAAAGCAACCAAUCAAUCUAGCCUUGUCCUCAUUGGUGAUGUAUUCAAGAAGCUACGGGAUGAAGCAGAUUUCCAGAGAAAAGACUGGCAGAGGAAACAAGGUCCUCAUUUCGUGGAUAAACUGGGAUGGGAAGUUACCGAUGAGUGUAACGUGAUGCUGAAAUGUAAGGUGGCUAAUAUUAAGAAGGAAACACACAUUGUAUGGUACAAAGAUGACAGGGAGAUAAUGGUAGAUGAAGAACAUGACUUUAAGGAUGGAGUGUGUACUCUGCUGAUAUCAGAGUUUUCUAAGAAAGAUGCUGGCACUUAUGAAGUCAUACUGAAGGAUGACAGAGGAAAGGACUCCAGUGAGCUGAAGCUUAAGGACACAGCUUUUGCAGAUCUGAUGAAUGAAGUAUGCCGAAGGAUUGCUUUAUCUGCAACAGACCUGAAAAUCCAGAGCACAGCUGAGGGUAUCAGACUCUACUCCUACGUUACUUAUUAUGUGGAAGAUUUGAGAGUAGGCUGGGUGCACAAUGAUACCCAGAUUAAGUUCACAGACCGAGUGAAGACUGGUGUCACUGGGGAGCAGAUCUGGUUGCAGAUCAAUGAGCCAACUCCACAGGACAAAGGCAAAUACAUAAUGGAACUCUUUGAUGGCAACACAGCACACAAAAAGACAAUAGAUCUUUCUGGACAAGCAUUUGAUGAAGCCUUUGCUGAGUUCCAGAGAUUAAAGCAAGCUGCGAUUGCAGAGAAAAAUCGUGCCCGAGUACUUGGAGGUUUGCCCGAUGUUGUCACCAUCCAGGAGGGCAAGGCACUUAAUCUCUCUUGCACUGUCUGGGGAGAUCCCACUCCAGAGGUCUCAUGGCUGAAGAACGAAAAAUCAUUUGUAUCAGAUGAUAACUGCAUUCUGAGGUUUGAAUCGGGAAAAAAUGUCAGCUUUUCCAUUUCUACUGUGUCCACACACGACUCUGGGAAAUACAGCAUUGUGGUGAAGAACAAGUAUGGUACAGAGACCAGCGAUGUCACCGUGAUUGUGAUGCCUGUAUCAGGGCAGACUGACACAGUCCAAGGACACAAUCAAAAUAAUAAAAAUGUAUCUAAAAAGAAAAAAACAAUGACAAGCAAGCGGAAGGAAGGGGAAAAGAAAGAUUGUAUUAAGCCUCAUGUUGAAGAAAUUAUUGAUACAGAAGAGACACCUGAUCCAAAUUACAUCCCUCCUGUGGAAACAGAAAAGGAUACAAAAAGCAACAAGGGAGCACCAAAGAAGACUGAUGGAAAAGCAGGAGUAGCAGAAAUGGUUCCUCAGCCCAGAGAAAGCUUGGAUAGGCAGGGAAAGAAACCAGUGGAAAAAGCAGCCUUGGGUAAACCCCACUGAACUCGAAUGAAGAAC